GAGGGUAAGACUUGCUACUAUAAGAGGACUGAAGAAAACACAGCUAUCUCACUGGACUCUGUGCACCUCUUGCUAAGUGUCAUCUGGAUUUCUGAGUGUUAACAACAAACUUCUGGUCUGCAAUGAUGAUCAAGCAGGCAAGCAUUGCCAUUGCUGCAAUAUUGCUUCUUGGGUAUGUGGGACCAAGUCAACAAGGAACACCUUGUGAUAAACCUCACCACGUUCAGGAAUGGACUCAGUGGUUUGAUAGAGAUAACCCUUCUGGAAGUGGAGAUUGGGAGGACCUCAGGUCUCUUCGCAAGGAGAAUCCUGGAAAGAUCUGCCGUGACCCAAGAGAUAUAGAGGCUGUGACUCUUUCUGGGCUUAGUGUCAGUCAAGCCGGGGACAAAAUAUAUCGAAAUGAUGUCAAAAAUGGAUUCGUCUGCAGAAAUAAGGAUCAACGCGGCAGGAAGUGCAAUGAUUAUAAAGUUCGAUUCCGCUGUGGAGCUGAAUCCUGUGAUAAUGUGUGCUGGACCAAGUGGUACAAUAGAGACAGUCCCAGUGGAAGUGGAGACUGGGAGCAUCUGAGUGCCCUGAUCAGAGAAAACCCAGGAGGAAGCCUUUGUUCUAAACCUAAGUAUAUUGAGGCUGUUACGGUUGAUGGAGAGAUCCCAGCUAUGAGAACAGGAGAAAGCUUCCAUGCCUACAGUCCCACCAAGGGGUUAAUUUGCCGCAAUAAAGACCAGAGCACAGGCCGCUGCAGCAACUACAAAGUUCGCUUUGGAUUCUUUUUAUGA